CAGUUUUGUCCUCCGCAUCCGCAUGAGAGAGAAAGAAAAAAGAAGCAAACAGUCACAGAAAGUGUCUCUCUCCUUCCCAAACCCAGAGAGAGAGAGAAAUACAGAGUUUGAGAGAGAGAGAGAGAGAGAGAGAGGGAUUUUUGUGCACUUGGGUAGUUUGUGAAGAGAAAGGGACUCGCUUUCUGUGAGAAACCGGCAAGUUUUGGAAGUUGCUUUUUGUUUGGUUCGCCAUUUUUGGCAAGCAUUUUAACUCAGUAGUGGGUUUAAAGAGUGCAAAAACAAAGAGGGGUUUGAUUUGAAGAGAAAAAAAAGACGCGACUUGGUGACGAAAUGAUUCGUUGCGUCCUUUCUCUGAAGAUUUUCCCGUAAAAAAAUUCGACUUUUAUCUGAUAUGCUCUCUCUCUUCAUGCCUGUUGGAGCUCUCUCUCUCAUGGGGUUUCUUCUCACUUUCCGCGGAGCUCCGAGCGUUUCUGGGCGGCGUUGCAUUUUCUGCGCCUCCAAGCUGCACAGUGGCUGAAGCCCUCAGAAAAACAGAACAAAAUUUGAGCUUUUGAGGCCAUAGCAGCUGCUGCUCUGAGUAUUUUUGGUCGGAUUCUGAAGAAAGAUUGCAGCUUUGAUGUUGGUUUUGGUAAUUUGCGUCUGGGUUUUAUAGGUUUUAAGCUCUUGGGAUUCCGUUGAAUUUUUCUGGGAUUUUAUGUGAUUUUUUAUUUUAUUUUUAAUUUCUACUGGAAUGGAUAGAAGAAGAAGUACCUCAGUAAUGAACAGUCCAAUCCCAAGGCUUCUCCUUUUGGUAUUGGUUUUGUGCUGCCGGCAAGGGGCUGUGCAAUCCCAAGAAAUCGAGCCUCCGUCGCCGGUGAAGCAUCCCCACUCGAAGAACGAGCACCAAAGAAUUGUUCUGAGCAUUGUGUUGGGAGUCCUGACCGGACUAAUUUGUGCCAUCCUCACUGCACUCUUAGUCCGGUGCUUUGUCCGCUACAUCAGCAGAACACCAAUUCUCAAAGGCCCCGUCAUUUUCUCCCCGAAGAUCGACCCCAAAACGCUCCAAUUAGCACUGGCUAGCGAAAACCAGUUGCUGGGUUCUAGCCCCAUUGGGAAGUACUGCAGGACUGUUUUGGACAAUGGGCUGAUUAUUGCAGUCAAGCAGCUCGGACCCUUUUCGGAGUGUGGCUCGCCGGAGGCUCAGAGCAAGGCGGCGAAGCGGCGGAUACAGCAGGAGCUUGAAGUGCUUGCUGGCCUAAGACACAGGCAUUUGAUGAGCCUGCGGGCUUAUGUUCGCGAACACGAUAGGUUCUCUUUGGUUUAUGAUUUUGUACCGAAUGGGAGCUUGGAGGAUGCUAUGAACAGACUUAGAGAAACCGAGUUGCAGCUCAGUUGGGAAGUUCGGCUUCGGAUUGCAGUCGGGGUGAUUAAGGGACUUCAGUAUCUGCAUUCGUAUGUUCCUCAGAUUAUGCACUACAAUUUGAAGCCAACAAAUGUUAUGUUGGAUUCGGAGUUUGAGCCGAGGUUGGGAGAUUAUGGGUUGGCGAAGCUUGCGCCUUAUUUGGAUGUAGCAACAUCUGAAUACAGCGCUCCAGAGUGUUUCCAGAAUGGCAGGUACACGGAUAAGAGCGAUAUUUUCAGCUUUGGGAUGAUAUUGGGCGUUUUAUUAACCAGAAAAGACCCAACCGAUCCCUUCUUUGGGGAAGCAGCUCGUGGCGGAAGUUUAGGGCGGUGGCUGCGGCACUUGCAGCAAGCAGGCGAGGCACGGGAAGCAUUAGAUAAGAGUAUAAUAGGUGAAGAAGUGGAAGAAGAUGAGAUGUUGAUGGCAGUGCGAAUCGCCGUUGUAUGCCUAUCAGAUUUGCCAGCAGAGAGGCCCUCAAGCGAUGAACUUGUUCACAUGCUAACCCAACUGCACAGUUUUUGAAUCAGAUGUAAGUAUUUUACUGAAGCUGCUAUUUCUGUAGAUUAUUGGGAACUUUUAGACUUCAGAAAUAUUUGCUUCUGCAAUCUGCACAUUUCUCUUAGAAUUGUAUACUUUUACUGUUUUAAUCGGUGGAUAUUCACUGUGGCGAAGAAGCUGGAAGUCAAGGAAAUUUCUGACUUUGGAGUAAAGGUGAGCAGAUUAACAAUGUGGGGGCACAUCUCAA